AAACUGUUAGCUCUCCUUGUCAAUUAUUAUGUACCUUCUUUGUUUUUGUUUCUAUGUGAAUCAAAAUAUCUUUCUUCCAUGCCUGCAUUGUGUAAAACGAACUGUGGAAAUAAAGCCAAAUUAAAAAGGCCGAAAACAGGGGAUGCAUUAUGUAAAGAAUGUUUUUUCUCAGCCUUUGAAACUGAAAUACAUUUCACCAUUACUAAAGGAAAAUUAUUUCAAAGAGGUAAUACUGUAGCAAUCGCAGCGUCUGGUGGUAAAGAUUCGACAGUUCUUGCUUAUGUUUUGAAAUUGUUAAAUGAAAAACAUGAUUAUGGGUUGAAAUUAGUUUUACUGUCUAUCGAUGAAGGCAUUACAGGAUACAGAGAUGACAGCUUGGACACAGUAAAGCAAAAUAGAGAUGAUUAUAAAAUGGCAUUAAAAGUACUUUCCUAUGAAGAGUUGUAUGGUUGGACAAUGGAUUCCAUUGUUAAAGAGAUUGGAAAAAAGAAUAAUUGCACAUUCUGUGGUGUUUUCAGGCGCCAGGCUUUAGAUAGAGGUGCUGCCCAGUUAGGGGUGGACGUUCUCGCUACAGGUCAUAACGCUGACGAUAUAGCAGAAACUGUAAUCAUGAAUGUUUUAAGAGGUGAUAUAGCAAGGCUUCAGAGAUGUACCGAUGUGGCAACUGCCAGUGAAGGAGCGAUACCGCGUGUUAAACCAUUAAAAUACGCAUACGAAAAAGAAAUUGUGAUGUAUGCCUAUUUUAAACAGCUUGUAUAUUUUUCUACCGAAUGUAUAUAUUCUCCUAAUGCCUAUCGCGGCUAUGCAAGAGCCUUCUUGAAAGAUUUGGAAAAAAUUCGCCCGACUGCAAUAAUUGACAUUAUUCAUUCAGGAGAAGUUUUAAGAGUGAAGGAAAAUGUUGGGACGAGAGAACGUGGUGUUUGUGAACGCUGCGGUUUUGUUUCUAGUCAAAAAGUUUGCAAAGCUUGCGUUCUUCUGGAAGGGCUCAAUAAAGGAUUACCAAAACUAGGAAUCGGAAAGAGCAGUAAAGUGAACAAAAUGAGAGAAAUGAAAAUGAACCCUGUUGUUGAUUUUUGAUUAAAUGAUUUUUAUAAAAACAUAAAUCUGAUUUUUUUUUUAUAGUUAAAAGUCCUCUAUUUUCCUUUUAGCUGAUAUUUGUGUUUCUCAAUAUUAUAUAAGUACUAGCUGAGCACCAUAAUUUCA